GAUAAUUAAAAACAGCACGAAUGAGCUUCAAUUUCUUGAAGCAUAUAUAUAUGUGUAUGAUCUAGCUAAUUAGAAAGUAGCACAUAUACAAGGGAAAGUUCUCUACACAAAUAUAAUUAAAAGUUUGUAUUUUUGUGUCUGUCGUUCCGAAUGGAAUUCAAGCCGAGAGGGUCAGACGAAGUAGUGUCGAUGAGUUUGCCCCUUUUGAGCGAUGAAGAUCAGAGGCACAAACAGAAGGAAUAUGGGUCAGGAGGAGCCCAGCAAGACACGGCUGUGCUACUAGAUCAUCGUCAUCAUCGUCCCCAAACAAGCACUCCUCCCAGAUCUUCAUUCCAUGGCCCCAAUACUGCUUUAUCAGAAAUGGGGAGAUCAGUAGAACCAGAACCUGAAUCACAAAUAAUUGAUCAUCAUCACGAUAGCUCAUUCUCUCUUUGGGUGCUGUAUAAAGAGCAUUGUCAGCCUGGUUUUCUUAGAAAGAUUCUGGCAGAGACCAUAGCAACGUUUCUUUUGGUAUUUGUGACAUGUGGUGCGGGUGCCCUGAGUGCAAAUGAUGAGAAUAAAGUCCCAAAGCUCGGAGCAUCCAUCGUCGGCGGCCUCAUUGUGACCGUCAUGAUCUACUCCGUCGGUCAUAUCUCCGGUGCACACAUGAACCCUGCUGUCACUCUAGCCUUUGCUGCUUUUCGACACUUUCCAUGGAAACAGGUUCCAUUCUAUGCAGUAGCUCAACUUACAGGUGCACUUUUAGGUGCAUUUACGCUACGUGAAGUGCUAAACCCAAUACAACAACUUGGCACCACAACACCUUCUGGAACAGAUGUCCAAGCUUUAAUCAUGGAAAUAGUUGUCACCUUUGUUAUGAUGUUUGUCACUUCUGCCGUGGCAACUGAUACUAAAGCUGUUGGGGAGCUGGCUGGUAUUGCAGUGGGUUCAUCCGUGUGCAUAACAUCAGUCUUUGCCGGGCCCAUAUCAGGUGGAUCAAUGAACCCAGUAAGAACGUUAGGCCCAGCAAUAGUGAGUGGAGAGUACAAAGGGAUUUGGGUGUAUAUAGUGGGCCCAGUCAUAGGAACGUUGUUGGCGUCAGGGGCUUACAGAAUAAUUCGAGUGAAUGACAAGGCUGUCCAUGCAAUCUCUCCCUCCAAUUCAUUCAAACUCCCAGCAAAGAUGGACGAUGGAAACGUGUAGUUGAACAAAAUAAAGCACUAUCCGUUUUUAUUUUAUUUUAUAUAUUUAUAUAUAUAUAUAUUAAUUGUGAUAUUUUUUUCCUAUUAAUUUUACACAUUUUUCGUUUUCGUCAAGACACAAUAAAUUGGUUUGUAAAGGUUUUUUUUUUUCUUUUUCUUGAGGGGAAUAAAGUGUUGAGUUUAAUUUCCACUUUAUUAAUUCAUUAUCUCGUACAUAUGAUAUUUUUAUCAUAUGUUAAAGAGCAUGCGUGUGAUUAUGUGUAUCUAAUUGUUGCAAUUUGAAGGUCGUGGGAGAAUUGAAAAUAAAGAGUUUCCAAAUUGUUACCA